UAUAACAUGUACUUCGACUGUCAAAAUUCUAUUUUGUAGAAAUUAUCAAACUUCUUUUUUAAAAGUAUUUUUCUUUACAUUUGUUUUGAUUGUGUGUGUAACAUAUUUAAUUAGGUACCCACGUAAUGAAAUAUGAAUACCUUUUAUAUAUUCAUGAACAAAGCUGUAUUUUGUUAUUUUUGACACCUCUACUUUCACUUUCAUGUUUUGAAACGUAGAUGAUUUGUAACAUUUUCAACACUGGAGAAAUAUUUUAGGCACACAAUAAGUAUAGACAUAAUAUCCAAAUAUUUUUGAAAAAGAAGUUUGAUAUUUUCUACAAAACAGAAUGUGGACAAGAGACAAUUUAUAAUUACGAACAGAUCAACCUCUCUUGAAAGAAACUUCUACUUUUGCCGAACCGUUUGAUAUAUAUUUUAUGCAAAACAAAUGCCUGUGAGGCCUAAAACAUGAAACAAAAAUUCACCAGAGGGACAGUCUCUAAACACUUUACAUGAACUCAAUAGUUUUUAUUAUGUAUACAUGUGUGCAUCCAGGUACGAAAACAAGGGGAAUAAAUCGUGUUUACAUGUAUUAGACUCUUCCACGCGUUAGAUACUACAUAAAUCGUGUUUACUUGUAUUAGACUCUUCCACGCGUUAGAUACUACUACUCUCACACGGUAUUUGUAACAAUAACAUGUUAAAUGUUACUAUUAAGAAAAGGGGAAUCGGGUAGUGAAACCAUUAUCCGAGACAAAAUAGUUGUACUAAUUUUGAAUCGUACUGACUAUAAAGAAAACCCUGAUUUACCAUGAAGUAAACAUGAAUACCAAUAAAGACAUAAUCGACUUUUCAGAUAAUGUUUUCGUUAUCGUUCUCUAUUUAUACGUAAAAUUAUUUCUGUAUUCGAUAAGACAGAUCAGUGAAAUAGACUAUACUUGUAUUAGAUAAAUAAAGAACUGGGUAGCGUUAGGGGAUUUCCAAUGUUAUAAAUUGUUGUUAAAUCAUACCUGUACUAUAGAUAGUGUUAUCAUUUCUAUAAUAGGAAAUGUUUCGAUAAAUAAUGUCAUGUGUAACAUUAAUGUAAUGUACAUUUGUUAAAUUUUAAUGAUAAAACGAAUUCUUUAACAACCUAUUACUGAUGACCUACUUUCCUUUUCGCUAGCAUUUAACUUCUUAAAAUAUUUUACAAUGGGAAAUUAUGUGAGUAAAUGCUGCGGACGAGAUGGCAGGAAAUACAAGAAAAAGAAAGAAACGGUUAAAGCCAUACAGCCAGAACAAGACGAUCCGAAUGCGAAAGUAGCUACAAAUACUGGAACCACAAAGGACGUUCCUAGUGCAAGUGACACAGCGGUAACACCUGAUACAAAAGAGGUUGAUAGAGCUGCCACAGAUAAGAAAGAUAAGGAAAAGAAAGAUGAAAAGAAACCUCACAGAAAACACAAACGAAAGAAAUACUCUGAGAGCAGUGACGACAGUAGUGAUUUUUGGACAUCAUCAAGUUCAGAAUCCUCGGACUCGGAUUCUGACGCUGGACACACCAAAAGCAGCAGAAAAGUUUACAAAAAUAAAGGUGGGGGAACAACAAUCAUAUCGAAGAAGACUGUGAUAGGAGGACACAAGAUGUCCAUAGGGAAAAAUGCAAAGAACCUUACUAUUAAUAUCGGCUCAAACAAGAGUUCACCAACCGUCAACCAAAGCAGUCCACCUAAAGAAAAAGAAAAAGGGAAGCCAUUUGAAAGUUAUUACUCGGAGGCGACAGCCAGAGAAGAGGAGCAGCGCCAGUUUACCUCACUAUGGGAACACAAUACAGCAUUGCCUGGUGGUAACUUUAUUGAUACACGAGAUAUCCAUGUCAAGGAGUACGUGUUCGAAUCCUCUGUUCGAGUAGAUGCAUCCCGCUGGGUUUGCAUGAUUUGCUUUCCUGGAGGAAGUGGCACUGGAUUUAGGGUUGGGACAAAAUAUAUUAUGACUGCAAAUCAUGUCGUGAAACAUAUUUUAGAUGCAGGUUAUCAGCAAAUUGGACAAACGCAAAACGCAUUUUCAAGAUUACAGGAUAGUAGCGUCUAUGCCGUAUUUAACUACAUGACGGAAGGACAAAUAACAGAGAGACAUAAAUUUCGAUUCAGAGCUAUUGUUCAUUUCUUUGACGAUGCAACAGAUACUGCUAUACUUGAACUCGAAGACAAUUCUGUUGGCACGUCUAUGCCGCUUUCAUUCACGUUUUUCAGUUUUCCAAGACUGAAUAAUAGGUUUACCUUCAUUGGACAUUCAGAGGGAAAUCGUAUGGAAUUCAAUCACGUUGAUAGAAUAAUUGAUAUGAACAGUACAGAAACCCAAAGAGACAUAGUUAAAGUAAAGCAAAUGAGUCUACAACAUUCUCGCAAAGAUUACGAGGCCGCACCCUACAACACGUUAACUAACCCUGAUAGAUAUCUUUUUCAUUGCAAGUUUACAAAAGGAGCUUCGGGCUCACCAGGCGUGGUCAUUCUAGAAGAUGGGCGUGUCGUUGUUGUAACAAUGCUGCUCUGUGGACUACCAGACUGGUAUUACGACAUGUCCGUUCAAGACAACAUUAAAAACAAUUGGCCUAAAGAAUAUUGUGUGGAGCAAGGUGUUAAUCUGAAAUCUGUCUACGAUCUCAUGUCAACGAAAAAUCCAACCCUUUGUCGUGACAUAUUCAGUGAUCAUACAGAUUCGAUACCUAAUCCAAAAAUCUGAAGUUAUCGAGUGUUGUUGACAUUAAUUCAAAAUAUUAUAUUUUUAAAGAGUACUAACAAAAAUAAGAAGAAAACCUAAAAUGAUUCAGUAAAGACAUCAUGUAAUGUACAUCCUUAUCGUAAUUCUAAUUGCACAUAACUUUGCUCCAAGUUGGCCGACUUUAUGUCGAAAAUAUUUUGCAAAGAUGAAAUCCAUCAAAGUACGAUCACCACCCGCUAAAAAUAUUCGCUUUGGGACUUUACAGCGAUUUAUGAACUGGCAACUUCAUACUUGCGCUAAAUUCUGAGCUUUGGACACGAGAUUAGCGUUUUAUUUUAAGUUGAUCAGUAGUAUGAUUAACGAAUUUCAAAUAGAAAUUGUGUAGUACUUAAACGAAUUGUUAAAGAUCUGUGUUACAACUAAAAAAGUUAAUACUGUCUCCGAUAUACCAGAAACUUGUUUUGCAUAACAGAGACAGCUUCAAGCAUUAAAGUCAUCCAAACUUGGCUAAUGUAAAAUAUUUGAAAUGUUGACCAGAAUAGUAUCAUACGAUGCUGUACGGGCUACAUCUAUGCAUCUAUGCCUGGAAUAUUGACAGUGUUUAAACUUCUGUAAAAGUUUGUUUGAAUUCGUUAGGACGAUAAUGUUUUCUAUUAAUCAAACCAUAUGUGAACUCUCACCCCACCACAAAGUAUACAGAAAGCCAAAACUUAAAGUCAAAUAAAAAAGAAAAACUACAAACUACACGAAUACCAAAAAGAAAACAGUCCUUUCCAAUAAUCUGCGUCUUAUUUUCGUACCCGGAAACCCGGAAGUGAUAUUCAAAAACAGUGCAAUUACCUUUACGAUUUGAAAGCAAAUUUGGCUUAACGAUAUCAUAUUAUUUUGUUUAGUUUGCUUGGAUUAAAGUCAGGAAGAUCUUCCGUGCAUUGUGUCAGGCACGAGUGAGUACUUGAGUAGAAACAAGGACCUUCCAUAAGCAAGAUAGAUAGGUGCCUCACAUGAAAGAAUUCUACUCUCUAAGAGAGGUUUAGAAGCGAGAGCAGUGAGAGGCAAGUGACUUAAAGCCGGGGACCUUAACCACUCGGCUACGGAAGCUCCUAAUAUAAUACUGACCAUAAGUAACAUUCUGCGUAUAAUUCACAGAUCUCUCAUAAAGAAUUAUUUAGAAACAAUAAAAAUAUGUAGAAUUGUCAUAGGAGGUCACACUUCAUACGUCUACUUUAUUAUUUGCAUUCUUGUUAUUUGCGUAUAAGAGUAGUUGACUUUAGUUGCUCUUCUGUACAAUUGAAAGUGAUACUUGCUAUUAACGUUUGUCACUAUUAUAUUAUUUAAAAGACUGUACUAUUA